AUGACAGCUCCUCUCGUCAAGGUGCUGCAGAAGAUGCAGGAGCUCUUCCAGAACAUCUUCACUGCGCUCGAGAGCAUGGUCCUGUUCCCCGCACUCUUCCGCAAACUGUCCCGCAAACAGCGGAAGGCUUUCCAGGGCGCCUGCUGGCACCAGCGCUCGCUGGACGACUUCACAGACGAACUGGACCGUCUCUUCUCCGCGCCCUUGCGGGUGCGAAACAUGCUGGAGAUGUCCGAUAAGAUCCAGGACCAGUUCAAGACGUGUCUACAAGCCAGCCCAUACUGCAUGUUGCCCUCCUACACCCAUGCGCUUCCCUCGGGCCAUGAAACGGGCACCUAUCUCGCGCUGGAUGUCGGCGGGUCUACAUUUCGCGUCGCUCUGAUCGAGCUGCAGGGGCGCGACAGGGAGAUGAAGAUCCUACGCGUGUCGUCAUCGGUCAUCGACAACAACAUCAAGCUGCUCGAGGGCACCCUCUUCUUCGACUGGAUGGCGGAGAAGAUCGAGGAGAUGUUGGGCAAGGUGGACGCGACGUACGGUCGGGCCGAGACGCCGCUCUCGAUGGGUCUGUCCUGGUCCUUCCCCAUCGAUCAAACCUCGAUCAGUAGCGGUCUCGUGAUCCAUAUGGGCAAGGGCUUCCUCUGCUCCAACGGUACCGUCGGCCAGGAACUAGGCGACCUGAUCAUCCGGUCGUGCCGAAAACGCCAACUGAACGUCACGGUGGACGCGAUUGUCAACGACAGCUCCGCCGCCCUGCUUUCGCGCGCCUACGUUGAGCCCAAGACCCGCAUGUCGCUUAUCCUCGGCACCGGCACCAACGUCGCGCUGCAUUUCCCCGUCCACGGGAUCGGGCUGACCAAGUUCGGCACGCGGCCCGUCGGCUGGUUCGAUCACGCCAAACACGUCAUCGUCAACAGUGAGAUGAGCAUGUUCGGGGGCGGCGUGCUGCCCAUGACCCGCUGGGAUGAGACCCUGAACCGCACCCACUUGCGGCCCGACUACCAGCCCCUCGAAUACAUGAUCACCGGCCGUUACCUGGGGGAGAUUGUGCGCCUGAUCCUGGUGGAAGCCGUGGAGACGGCCAGCCUGUUCGGCGGCCACCUGCCUCACUCUCUACGAGAACCGUACUCCUUGGACACGAGCAUCGUCGCCUUCGUCGAGGCCGACACCUCUGCGUCCUUGGCGCCAUCCGCCGCCCUGCUGCAAAAGGAGCAUACCUUUUCGGCCACCCCGUCGCUCGCCGAUCUCCAAUUCCUCCGUCGCGUCUGCCAGCUGGUCUCCAAGCGCGCCGCGGGGUACCUCGCCACCGCCAUCCACAGCAUGUGGUGCCUGCGCAACGAGGUGGAGCUUGGCAGCGACGACAGCGUGACCGCCACGUCCGACGCCGCGUCGAUCAAACAGACGCAGCAAGUGACGGUCGUGGAGAGCGAAGAGGUCUCCACCAAGAAGAGCCUGUCGAUUGCCUGCGAUGGCAGCGUCAUCAACAAGUACCCAGGCUUCCGCGACUGCUGUCAGGCAUACCUCAACCAACUGAGCCGGGAGACCCUCGCCCUGGAGGGUACCUGCCUUGAAGCGACGACCGACGGCCCGCUGAUCGACCUAAAGCCUGCUCCUGAGAGUGCCGUCCUCGGUGCAGCUGUUGCCGUUGCCAUUGCCGUCGCCGAGAAGAGUAUCUAG